AGAAGAAGUUGCUUCCGGAAACAUGGAGGCUGUUGUGAGUGAAUUGGUAGCUCCCGAAGAUCUUUUGAAAUUUGAGAAGAAGUACAACGCUGAAUUGGUGAAGGGGGGCGUAUCGAAGGAGACCAAGUUUGAAUAUGCAUGGUGUCUGAUCCGAAGCAAGUAUUCAGACGACAUCAAGAAAGGAAUCGUAUUGCUGGAAGAGCUGGUUGACAAGGGAUCAAAGGACGAUGCCAGAGACUUCCUGUUCUACCUAGCUGUGGCCAACUACAGACUUAAGGAUUAUGAGAAAGCGCUGAAGUACAUCCGCACUCUCCUGAAGAAUGAACCUGGGAACAAACAAGCCUUGGAGCUGGAAAAGCUCAUAGACAAGGCUCUAAAGAAAGAUGGCUUGGUCGGCAUGGCGAUCGUCGGGGGAAUCGGCCUGGGCGUGGCCGGAUUAGCAGGCCUCAUCGGAUUGGCUGUGUCAAAGGGUCAUGGUCCAAGGUCCUAAUAUGGAGUGGGGAGGGCCUUAGCUUUACUAACACACCUCAAAGAAAGACUGACGACACGCAUUCUCUAAACUUCUCCCCCAUAACAAAUUCAACUAAGGUUGGAAAUGGCUGGCGUUUCCAAAGACGAGAACAUCUCCCAAAAACACUUCACUCAUAUUGUCCAUGGAAUAAUGUUUGGAUAUUGGUUUCUGAUAAUAGCCUUCAUUUCACUUAAAUUGUCUUUGUAUUUUAACAGGUGUUUUGAUUCCAGUGAAUUUGACAAUGUAUAUUCAUACAGCAGUAUAUUGUGCAAUUUGUUUUCUUCCAUAUUAUACUUUGUAAAUAAAGUUGAUGAAACAUG